AUGUCCGACUCCGAGGAAGACGCUGUCCGACGCCCCGGCCGUGCCGGCGCCAGUCACCAAAGUCCUGCGCCCAGCGACAACGGCUCCGAUGGCGAUGAUAAAGACCUGUUCGGCGAUGAUCAAAUGGACGAGGACAAUGAUGCGGACCUCUUUGGAUCUGACGGCGAAGAUGGAGGUGCAGAUAACGACCGAGCUCACCGGACCCUGGACGACGAACAAUUGGACUCAGGAGACGAUGAAAACCGUUAUGACCGACGCGACCAGAUGGAUGAGGCGGCUGACGACGACGGUUUCGGCGAGACAGUCAACAUCAUGGACGUGAGCCUUGCGCGGGCGCCGGUACCAGCGACCAAUGAUGGCCAGGUGUAUACUGUGCGUGUACCUGAUUUCCUGUCUGUCGAGUCGGAAGAGUUCAACCCCGAGACAUAUGUUGCGCCUCCGUAUUCCACAGCUGCAACGUCGUUAUGCUGGCGGAAAGAUCCAAAUGACGAGACUUCCUUGCAGUCAAAUGCUCGAUUCAUCCAAUGGGAGGAUGGGUCUAUUACACUUCAGCUUGCCUCUGCACCGCAAGAACAAUACACCACCUCAUUGAAGCCGCUCGCACCUCUCUCCAAGUCCGGCGAAUACAACACGAAACUCGAUUCUCACGUCUAUCUCGGUGCUGCAGUUGAGACUGCCUCGGUGUUCCGUUUGACGUCUCAUGUCACACAUGGUAUGACCAUCCAACCGACCACCCUGGAGUCGGACGACGCUGUCCAGCGACUCCAAGAAUCCUUGGCUCUCGCGGCCCGCGGCAGCAAGCAGACUGCCGAUGGAACUGCGCCUUUGAUCGAUACGAAGGUAGAUCCCGAGAUGGCCGCGCGUAAGGCUGAGCUCAUGGAGAGAGAUGCUAUGAAGGCCGAGCGCCGCCGUCAACAGCUCGAGGACCGCGAGGCAGACCGUACUGGUCGCCGCGCAGCUGCUUCCCGGCCUAUGGCAUCGGGCCUCAGUGUCGGUGACCUCGAGAGUGGCGGUAUGCGCACGACUCGACCCCAGAAGCGUCGGCCCAACCGCCGUGGCGAGAUCUACUCUGACGAUGAGGAAGACUACGGUCGUGGUGCUCGCUCUCGUGAAGACGAGUACGACGAGGACGAUGGGUUCUUGGUCGGUAGUGAUGAAGAGGAAGAGGUGGUGGAAGAUGAUGACGAGGAAGAGCUUAUGGAUGAUGACAUGGAUGCCGAGGGCGAGGCCGAUGAAGAAGCUGCACCGGCGAAGCCACGAAGCAAGCCAGCGCCUCGGGAGGGCACACCUCCAGCCAGGAAGAAGAACCGCUAUGUGGUGGACGACGAUGACGAGGACGAGUGA